UCCGCGAGACACGUACGGCGAGGUGCACGGGCCACGGGCGUCAGUCACAUCGCUCGCGCCGGCCGUGCUACACGCAACCGAGUCGGACCCCGAACAAACCAUGAAACUAGUAGUGUUUAUCGCGAUCGUCGCUGCUGCAGCGGCACAGGACAAGCCGCCGCGCCCGCCGCAGCAUCCCGAGCAGUUCCGAGUUAUUUACGAGUGGCGGACGAUCGACUUCGAGUGGGAAUCGCCGGGAGACCGCGAGUCCUACCUCAACACCAGCCGCUACAUCCCCCAAAAUGUGCUGAUAUCAGGAAUCAACUUCUACAAAGACAAUAUAUUUUUGACGCUCCCCCGAAUGCUCAACGGCGUACCCGCUACGCUCGCCUACAUCCCAGCAUUUCAGAACGAUACAACAUCACCGAAGCUAAAACCGUUCCCCAGCUGGAAGGAUAACACCGUGGGUGAUUGUUACGCUCUUCAGUUUGUGCAAAAUAUAGAAAUUGAUCGCAACGGUAUUAUGUGGAUUCUGGAUAACGGACGAGUCGGUACUCUGACUCCAAAUCCAGAUGACAAGUGUCCGCCUUCGAUAGUGUUAAUCGAUCUCAAAACAGGCGAGAACAAAUUAGAACGCUACCCGCUGCCAGCAGACGUAGCAAACCCGAGCACGACUUACUUAAAUGAUCUGGUGGUUGAUAACCGUGAUGGUGAUUAUGCGUAUAUUACCGAUAAUAGUGCCGUGGAUCCAGGUAUCAUUGUUUUCCGACUGAGCGAUAAAAAGUCUUGGAAGUUGCGUGAUACAAAGUCAAUGUCAUCGGUUCCGGAAGCUGCAAUUUUCCGCAUCAAUGGCACUACAGUAAACCUUCCCGUAAACAUCGACGGCAUUGCCUUGGGACCACAGUUCUUAGCUGAAGAUGAGACUGUAGACCGAAAGGUUUACUACUGCCCUCUUUCUAGCUUCCACCUGUAUGCAAUCAACGCAUCUGUUCUGAGAAACGAAUCAUUGGCUCUCAAAGGAGAAGGUGCCAUACGUCCUUAUGUUGUCGAUGUUGGGAUGAAACCCUCACAAACCGACGGUAUGAAAAUGGACUCAACGGGCGCACUAUUCUUCGGACUGAUUGGUAACUCAACUAUAGCGGAAUGGAACACCACUGUCGAUUUCCGCACCGGUCAACGCACGAUCGCCCGCGAUCCAAAUUACAUCCAAUGGGUAGACCGUUUCACUUUCGACGAUCGCGGCAACCUGUACGUUAUUGUGAACAGAUUGUACAAUUUCGUGAAGAACCAAGUAUCUGUGGAGGAAGUUAAUUAUAGGAUCCUCAGAUCGCAGACUGGUCUGAAAAGUUACGUAUUCGCCGAGGAUUUGGUGCCCGCGCAGCCUCCGCACGCAGCUGCUGCCACUCCCACGCUUGCCGCGUCGUUGCUGGUGUUCGCUCUGGCACAUCUGCUCGCCUAGUGGUCGCAGAGUUUUCGGGCAUAACCUUGGCCCUGAAAGUCACCUCAUGCGACGCUCGGACUGAUGCGUGUAACAUUACCAAAUAUUAAAAGUUACCUUUGACCUCGUGGUCAUUUCAGUGAUAAUGCGCAAUGUAGAUAGCUUUGUAUAUUCUUAUAAUAUUUAUAUAUAAGUGUACGAUUAUGUUACGGUGAUUCCUGUAUACGACUUUUAUGCUGCGGGUCGUCGGCGUGAUGAAGACGAUCCGUGUCGCUGCAUGUGAAACAAAAGGUCGGGGACGCGUUGCCAAAUGCCGCGUUUCACCACUCAACAUUCCAUCUGUUAUAAGUUUACAACUUUAAAUAAACAAAGGUGCAUACGAGCUUUAUCUUUGUGCUCGUGACGCCUAUACCUACACAUAUUCUAAUCUGUAUUUUUAAGUCGAUGGCCAAUGAAUUAAUACCUAGUUAGAAUUCUUCCCGUGUAAAUCUACUCAGACAAACUGAGUUAGAAAGCUAAUUUAUUUAUAUCAUAUCAUUAUAAAUCUAGUUAUGACAGUAGAGAUAAGGCUAAGCGGUAGUAUAAAUUGAAUGUAUGAUAGACCUCAUAUUAUAAUAACUGGAUUAGAAGUGUGUUUCUUACUUACACGGUUGUGAGGCUGUGUGCGGCUGCAAAUAAACGUGUUUAUCAUAUUAUAA